AGUUUUGUGUUUUCAGUUCAGUAAUAAAAACAGUAAAUAUUGUGAAUCUUGUGAAUUUAAAUACAGUUUCAGUAGUUGCUAUCAGUUAAUAAAUAUAAUAAAUAAUAUAAAAAGAAGAAUAUAGUACGAAACUUCUGAAUAAAAUAAUUUUGAAGAAUGGUUUACCUACAUUUUCCAUCAAACUUAACCGAAGAAGAAUUAAUGCUUCAGGCAAAGUAUAACAAACUCAAACGUAAGAAAAAGGCUCUUCAAGAUUUGAAAGCUCCUAAACCAGAACCUGAACGCAUUCCUCAAACACCGAAGAGAGCCACAGAAGCAAGAGAUGCUCGUGAAGUGGCAAAGAAAUUAAUUAAAUCCGGUGUCAUUACAGCACCGAAAACACCAAAGCGUGCAGAGCAAGCUUUUAAAAGACCUCGAGGAUUAGAAAGAAAAUUGAAUAGUACAGAAAAGACGAUAUCAUCAUAUCAACCGUUUUCGGCAAAUCAAACCGAGGAGGACGAAGUUGAAACGUCUAGAACAAGAGUUAAAGAUCUUUACGAUAGUUUUGUAAGCGCGCAAGAUACGGAGAGUAAGACUUCUGUUGAAAAACCUUCUCUUGCAAAAGCCGAACCUAAACACAAGGGCGGAAAUACAAUAUUUGUAUGUGGUUAUAAAAUUUCUGAGGACUUUUUGAAACGGCACUUUCAAACGUUUGGAAAUAUUGUCAAUAUAUCAAUGGAAACUGAGAAAAAUCGAGGAUUUGUGACAUUCGAUAAAACUGAUGCUGCUGAAAGGGCAAUAAAUGAAAUGGAUGGUAGUAUGGUUUCAUCAAUUCAAUUAAAAGUAUCGUUGGCUAGGCGACAACCAAUAAUUGAACCAAUGAAUGAUGCAACUUCUAGUUCCAUGUGGUCUUCUGCUGCUGCUAAUUAUUCUCAGAAAAGUGCACACAAAGAUAGAAGAGAUCUUAAGAUAUAUGAAGAAGAACUUUUUCAAUAAGUAGAAUAGAAGUUGUUUAAUUCCUUAGAAAUUUAUAAUAAAUUUACUAUAAUAAAUGAAAAUAUAAUUUUUA